UGAAGCGCCAGUCAGGUCUGCGCUGCAGACUGGAAAGCAGGCUGUCCCUCGGUUCCGUGCGUCUCACCUUGGCGCGGCCCGGCUCGGCCCGGCCCUGCCCCACUCCAUCCCAUCCUAUCUCAUCCGCUCCCAGGGCUUCAGGCGCAGCUGCCCAAGCCCAGAGCGCAGCGCAGCGCCCUGGGUGUAGGCCCCCGCUGCCUAGUAGCCGGAGCCUGAGCCCCAGCGGCUCCCUCUCUUCUUCCUUCGGAGCCCCAGUCUAGCCGCCAAGACGCCGCGCGCAGUGCUUCGGGUCAAAAAUGGGGCGGCUAAGCUGGCCAAGCCGCCCGCGGCCGAGGCGCCCGGGGCCGGUCCUCCUGGGCUCUAUAUGGAGCGCUCUCAGAGCCGCCUUAGCCUGUCCGCCUCCUUCGAGGCGCUCGCCAUCUACUUCCCCUGCAUGAACUCCUUUGACGAAGAGGACGCUGAUGGAGAUGGCCGGAGACUAAAAGGAGCCAUCCAACGAAGCACAGAGACUGGCCUGGCCGUGGAGAUGCCCAGCCGGACUUUGCGUCAAGCCAGCCAUGAAUCCAUUGAGGACAGCAUGAACAGCUAUGGCUCUGAGGGCAAUCUUACCUAUGGAGGUGUGUGCCUGGCAUCUGAUGCUCAGUUCAGUGACUUCCUGGGCAGUAUGGGACCUGCGCAGUUUGUGGGACGUCAGACCUUAGCUACCACAUCUAUGGGAGAUGUGGAGAUCGGUUUGCAGGAAAGGAAUGGGCAGCUUGAAGUGGACAUCAUCCAAGCGCGAGGUCUAACAGCCAAGCCAGGCUCCAAGACCUUGCCAGCGGCCUACAUCAAGGCUUACCUGCUGGAAAAUGGGGUGUGCAUUGCCAAGAAGAAGACCAAAGUAGCUCGAAAGUCUCUGGAUCCCCUGUACAACCAGGUGCUCCUGUUCCCUGAGAGUCCUCAGGGCAAAGUAUUGCAGGUGAUCGUGUGGGGCAACUACGGCCGGAUGGAGCGCAAGCACUUCAUGGGAGUGGCGAGGGUGCUUCUGGAGGAGCUGGACUUGACCACCCUGGCCGUGGGUUGGUACAAGCUCUUCCCCACAUCGUCCAUGGUGGACCCUGCCACCGGCCCGCUCCUGCGCCAGUCCUCUCAGCUGUCCCUGGAGAGCACGGUGGGGCCCUGCGGGGAGCGCUCGUAGUGGCUGAGCUCGGGGAGGGGCUGCCCAGGGACUACGCCUGGAUCUGGAACUCCUGGCCCUUCGGACGGAAGCAGACAGGGCUCCCUCCCAAGGAGGGGAGACCUAUCCUGUGGGCUCCUCCCCAUCUCCUGUUUCGCCCCCUUCCCCACCCUGAGGCCUUCCCUCUCCUAGAGCAAUCGGCUUUACCUUUGACUGGGUCGCUUCCAGGCCCCCCCAGAUUUGGGAGCGGGCCUAUGGUUCAGCCUCUCCCUUUUUGUGUCCUCCUGGGAGCAAGUUGCCUGGAGCUGUCUCCACUAUCCUCGGCCAAGGGGCCGCCUUCCCUCCAGUGCCGAUCUACCAGCAAGUGUCUUUCUUGUGGCACUAGGCUCCGGUGGCUGUAUGCUCUGCCAGUCUGAGAGGAGCCCGGGGAGUUUCCAGGGAGGGUGGUGGAGUCAGCCAUUAGUCAAGACCACCUGGAUCCCGGGGAGGCCCCGAGCCGGAGGCAGCCUGGAGAUGCUGCCCCUCAGUCGCCCGGGGCUUCUCUCCUCUCCACCAAGUACCUCCUGGGAGGCGGGCGUCCUCCUCGGCCGCCACACGUUGUUCGCACAGCUCUGGAUGUCAGGCCCGACCCACGGUGACUCAGGAUGCAGAUGGUGCCUCCUUCCUACAAGGAAAAGAGCUCUCCCUAGGAGCAGGAGGCGAGGGUCUCAGUCCUGACUCAGCGUUCCUCCGUUCUGUGCAGUCCUGACCCAUCACCUCCCUCCUCCGGACCUGUUUCCUCCUUCAAAAAUGAGGGGUUUAGCCCAGAUGAUCUCAAAGACAUUCCUCCGCAGGAAGUGAGAAUGCCUUUAGUUAGUGCCCAGAGUGGCCGCCGCCCCCACCUCCUCAUCCCGGGGAAGCCACUGAGACUCCAGUGGACGGGCGGAGCUGGGCCGAACUGGCUGCGUCUCCUAAACCUGAGCGCCACGAGCAGAACCAGGUGGGCCCGAGUGGGCUAAGCCAGGAAGGCAGCAAGGGGGAGGAGCGAGCCCUGGUGGCCAGGGCAUUGUGUGCCAGCCAGGGAUCUGGGACAGCCCUGUAGGAGGAGACCCCCUGCAGUUUGGACUCUAUGGGCCAUCCCGUCCAGCCUGUUGCCUCUGGGCAGAUGGAAAUCUACCCUCUUCUUUAGGGGUCUCUAGGGCCCGAGAACCUCAGUCUUACUUUUUUAAAAGCCCACAUACAAAGCAACAACUUGAAACAGAUGAACUGAAUGCAAGAGUCAUUUUACAUGGACUCUAGGAAAGCAAAUGGAAUGGAUGGGAGAAGAGAAAGGGCCCUUUCCCUCUUCCCUUCUUUCCCCCUACCUCCAGCUGGCAUGUGGUGUCUUGGGGCUCCCAGUACCAGGUCUGGCUCACUAGCCUGAUGCCCGACCCCAGUCGUGGGGUAACUUCAGGCAAAUCGUUGCCUGCUGGGAAGGAACCCUUUUUAAUGAAGCACAUUGAGGAAGGGCCCCCUCUUCCCUUCUGUCCUCAGUGCUGAGGCUGGUCCCUCCUCACCUCCCCCACCCCCAGCAUGGAGGGACUAGUCUAGAGCAGGGGAAACAUAGAAUCCGUCCCGAGUGUGUGUGUGCAGGGAGAGGGGAGAAUGACGGGACAAAUGGGCCUGGCAGGGAAGUCAGACCCAAGUCUCUGUCUCACCCCCUUCUCCUCUCGAUGGUCCCAGAGGCAGCCGGCCUGUCUUUUCCUCCAGAACUUUGAGGAGUGAAAGGAGUCAGGGAGGUGUUGAGAAAAUCCAACUAGUUUCAUGGCCCCUGGGUGCAGCUGCUGGGGCUGGUCCCUUACAGAUUUUUUGUCCUUCUGGCUUCUUCCUUCUCUCCCACCCAGCUCAAAGAGGCUUUAGCUGGGGCACAGAAUUACAUAGUGUUAGUUAUUCUUGUUGAUACUCUUCUUAUGAUUACACAUUUACAAAGCCCUCCUGGAUCACUGGCUGUGUUCUGACGCUGUCACCUGGCUAAGAACAGACCCGGGCACUUAGGACUUGGUUUCCAAACCAAGGAUUUUUUUGGGGAGAGAAAUAGAGUGAAAAGUUCAAGGAAUGGUUUUAUAUUGAAUUGGGAGGAAACAAUGAAGACAAUUCAACUUAUUGAGCUUCAAUUUUCCUUUUCUGUAAAAUUCAGAAAUUGGACUGAAUUGGACUAAGUUCUCUCCCACCAAAUCUCAAAUCCUAUGGUUUUUCCUGGUCAGUCACAUUUGAGGAUACUCCUGCAGUUGGAGUAGGAAGAGAGAGCCAGGCCCAGUUGUGAGGCAUUGGCCCAAAAUUUGGGUCUCAAGCCUCCUUCUCAACACCAAAGCCAGUGGGUCUGGGCUUCCCAAAGCCUGUGCUCUGAGCGUUUCUGGCUUCUGGUUUAGCGGUCCAGACAGACUGGGGUAGGAGGGAGAGGGAAGAGAAUUUUCUAAUCCUGGCUUAUGGGACAGAGAUGGAGUGGGGCUGCUCGGCUUUGCAGAAGCAGCCUUCAGCACUUCCCCAGGGUAGCUUCUGAAAUGAGGGGUAUCAUUGCAUCAUAGUAGGGGGAAGGUCAGGAGAGGUUGGGUAUAGUAAGAAUCUUGAGGUUCUUUCUCGUUUUGUUGGUUAUUCUCUGUUAAUAACUGAUGCCUUCUCAUCCUGGGCUGGAGGUGGCUGGGGUUCUGGAAUGCUUUGAUGACCAACUGGUCCCAGCAUGUAAGGCUUCAAGGCCAGACCAAAGACCUGGGAACAGAAUGUGCCUGUGAUCUCAGGACCGGUCUAGCCAUGGGGAGAUGUUCCAGACAGCAGCAAUUCUCAAAAACUCAGCUGUAAAGGGAGGCUGUGUGCUGUCAUUCCUGGCAGGAGCAGAAUAAUCGUUGAUCCCCGAUGCAUCGAAAUAGCAAUGAUUGGAACCGGGAGAUUUCUCUCGGAAGCAUGUGCUCUUUGUACAGAUUGUGGCCGUUUUUUUGUAAGGAAGAGAAGAGCCUCCUAAAGUUGCCAGCAGGAGAGGCGUCCUAAGGCUGCAGAGGAGCUAAGUCCUUUCCUGGAGCACCAGAUGUUUGUUUUUCUCCUCUGGGGCUGAGGCAGAGGAAACACAAGAAAGGGAUUCCUGAUGGGUAGUAAAGGGGUCUCAUCGCUCUCCCCUCCAGACUUGAUGUUGGUGAAGAGAACUUGGCCAAUUUUCCCCUCCCUCCUGUCUCCGACAAAGACCUGUUUUGUGAAAGAGACUGGGUACGAAGCAAUAAUCCAUCCAGAGGUGGGGCGGGGGCCAUGGCCUCAGGACCCCCUCCUCCCGCUGCUUUUCUUGUUCCUUCUGUGAAAUAAGUGACCUCCUAAUGGGGUCUUGAGUUGUAUCCUUAUUCCCUGUCCCCCACCCCCCCAUUCCCACUAUUAAUGGUCCAUUCCUGUCAGUGUGUCCUGAGUGUGUUCUGUGCUGGGGUGUAUGUAGGGGUGGGGUGGGGUAGUAAACUUUUUGUUAAACUGUAGCUUUGGGAGAGACUCUGUAUGAACUUGGCUCCUACUUGGGACCUAAGCAGGUUCUGGCUGCCACCCACCUGUCAUGUCCUGUCUGUCUAUCCUUCUGACACUUGGCAGUGGGAAGAGACUGGUCCCCUAGGGUGGAUGAACUCUGUCCCCACAGAGCUGGGCAGACUUCUCCCAGUUGUCUGGACCAGACCCCAAGUGGGGAAUAAAUAGAAUGUGGCUUCUCUACAUUAAAGAGAAUAAUACUAGUAAUAAUAGUAAUUAAUAAUAAUAGUUGACAUUUCUAUAGCACUUUCUAAUUUACAAAGCGCUUUUACAUCCAUUAUCUCAUCUGAUCUACAUAACUCUGUGAGGUAGAUAGUGCAAGGAAUGUGAUCUUAGUUUUACAGAUGAAGAAACUGAGGCUCAGAGAGACAUGACAAAGCAAGUCUCCCACUACUAAAUGGUAGACACCUAGGUCUUCUGAGUUUAGGAAGGGGGCCAGAGUCAGAGUCUCUGGGUGGAAUGAUGCCCCCAGGUCUUUCCCUCUGCUUUACUUUGCAGACUUGCUGGGGCCCCUAGGAAGCCAGACCAGGAGUUUCUUGUGCUCCAUCUUGUCUCCUAGAAAGGCUGAUGGGUUCUUCUUAGGUGGAGGCUGGGAUCUCUGGCCAGAAGGAAUCAGGUAUGAGAAUCUUCUCAGGCUAUAGAGAAAACACCAUUUGCAGCCACUCAUUAGCUUUGGAGUGAGCUCUCUUGCCUAGAAGUUACCUCCUACUGAGGCUGCAGGGGACAAGAGAAGGUACCUUCAGUUGGGUCUGGAAAUAUGAAUCUUUCCUCACAUUUGUACAGCACUUUAAACUUUUCAAAGUAUAUUCUCAUGUGAUCCUUAACCAUAUAUUAGGAAUUAUUUCCUUUUUUUACAAAGAGGGAAACUGAAUCCCAGAAAGAUUAAAGCAAAUCAAUGUUGUAUAGUGAGUACAGUGAGCCAGGCGAUGACUCGGAUCUUACCCAUCACAAAUAUCGAGCAGAUGCUCUGCUAAGUGGAGGCCUGGGGGAAGCACCCAAGCACAGACAAUAAGGAUUUCUGAACACUUAAGGCCAGGCCAAAGCAGCUACCCCCAGGCCAUACUGUUACAAUUCGGGGAAUUUGGAUUUAGUCAGAAAACUUACCAUCAAGGACCCUUCCAACUCUAAGACCUUGUGUGAGCUGGUUUUGAAAAUCAGCUGUGCUACUUAUUACUUUUAUGACUUUCUGCAAUCACUUUAACCUCCUUGGAUCUCAAUUUCCCCAUCUGUAAAAUGUACUAAGCGAUCCCUCCCAGCUCCAAAUCCCAUGAUUCCCCAAGUCAAGGGCUUGGUGGAAUCACAUCCAGGUCCCUUGGAUGCCCCCCCGCACCACCUGGGGUGCCAGCACUUGGGCAUGUUGAUCAUUUUCAUUUCGUCCAGACCGGAGGACCGCUGAGUUGUUACUUGGCUGGUUCCUUUUGCACCCCUCCCUCCCAGGCCCAAUGGUAACAGAAAUCUUUUAGUUAAUAGGUGUGGACUGGACCAACUCACGCUGAGUUGGCAAAUUGCCAGAUAAAAAGCCUGGUGUCCUCCCCAGAGCAUCUCACAAGGAGGCUCCAUCAUCACCUUGCUGACCGGGUUCAACAGGCUCACAUGAAACUGUUCACCCCAUUUGAGGGAUCAGAUGCAGUUUAGUCACCAUGUGGGCCUGGGGCCCUUCCUGCCUUGUGGAGCCGACCCCACAAGUACAAUGGGGCUCUCCAAGUCUGGCAGGUUAAGGUCAGCAGGAUGUCUCCAAGUGAGCUGGAAGAGGUAAGCCUCUGAAUGAAUGAACCCUGAAUCAACAAGGUCAUAAAGACUGCUGUGUUGGGAGCUGGAGCACCCAGUUUUAAUUUCAGCUCUGCCACUUAUUACCUGGGUACAAGUAAAUUAACAACUUUGGACCUCACUUUCCCCAUCUGUAAAAAUGGGUUGGUCUAGAGGACUUUAAAGGGUCCAUUCAGCUCAAUUUGAUUCUAUAGACUCCCAUCACAGCAUGAUUCCGAUUUAUAGCUUCAGGGGUUCCUCACUUUAAACAAAUAUCUAGGCUUCUGAAUAAUACCUUACCUCUUGGCUUCAAAUUUUUCAUCAAAACAUUUUUCUUCCAGUGAACAAAUUCACCUUAUAGUUGAAGAAACCUUGGAAAGGGGCUGACUUGUCCAUAGCCCUACACGUUAGUGGCAGAGUUGGGCCUCAAACCCAGGUCCCCUGACAAAUGAAGAAAUGAUUCUGCCCCUUAUGUGAAGAAAUCUGCACUUUACAAAAGUUUGGCUCACUGCUGAGCUCCUUGAAAUAGAGAUCUUCUGGGCGUGAUUCCAUUUGCAAAGCUCUUUUGCACAGUUCUCUACAGAAGCACAGUUGUUGCAUAAAGCAAGGUUCGCCUGCAUUUAUUUAUUGAGUUUGACACUGUGCCACUUUUUCUCAUGUCCUCCCCCCAUACACUUCCUGGCAGUCCACUGGCUCCUGAUACACUUCCCUGGAACCAGGAGAAAGCUUUGUUGUUAAUCAUCUUGUAGACACCAGAGUCCCCAAGUUGGAAAGGGUAAUCUACCCCUCAGCAUAUUUCCACUUCAGUCUCUGGGAACAGGGAUGCCCUCAGUCAUGGGGUGGUAAGGACCUGCUGGGAGGUUUCUCUGUCAGGCAAAGCUGGGCCAAAUGGCAAGGGUUUUGAAAUGGGGCCCAGGCCCCUGGGUUGGAGUGUCUUAUGUUAAACUCAUGUAAAUCAUGUUGAAAAUUAAAAACAUGUUUUUGUUUUUUUCUAAA